UGUUAUUCUGUGACUGGAGGGCGGGUAGUUUGCAGUCAUUAAACUUUUUGUUUUUCUUUUUCUGACGUUUCUUUUUUUUGACUCCUAGUGAAAGUGGAUUUAUUUAAUGAAGGACUCUGUGUAAGGAAUGCACACAUGUAUUUUUGCUUUUCUCAUUUUUGCAUUUGCUACUUUGCUGAAAAAUUACUUUUCUUAACAAGUUAAAUCAUUGCCGUAGUAGAGAGACUUGCUACGUGCGGCUUGCUACCAGCAGCGCUAACAUAAUGGAUAACAUCGGCGUAAUCUCCUGACCUUUUCAAUUUAAAGAUCUGUGGUUAACUACAGAAUUUAUAUGCUGGCAGGUAUUGUGGAUUCUGUAAAUGUGCAAAGUGAAGGAAGCAGCAAUGAUUUUAACACAAAUCGAAGCAAAGGAGGCCUGCGACUGGCUACGGGCAGCAGGGUUCCCACAGUAUGCACAACUCUAUGAAGAUUGUCUCUUUCCCAUUGAAAUUGCUUCAGUGACUCGGGACCAUGAUUUUCUGGAUCGAGAUGCCAUUGAAGCACUCUGCAGGAGGUUAAAUACUCUGAACAAAUGUGCUGUAAUGAAGUUGGAAAUAAGUCCACUGCGAAAACGGAGUGAAGAUUCAGAUGAAGAUGAACCUUGUGCCAUCAGUGGUAAAUGGACCUUUCAGAGAGACAGCAAGAGAUGGUCUCGACUAGAGGACCUGGAUGUGUUUUGUUGUGCAGACAAUUCAGCCCCCUUCCCACUUCAAGAUUCUGCUUUAAAUGUUGGGUUGAGUAUUGAGAGUGUCCUGACUGAAUUAAGUGAACAGCAGGAGGUAGGCUCACUCCACAGUGCCAGUGGCAGCAGCACAGGGAGCCAAGGAGCUGGUCUUCAAAAUGUGAGCAUUGGAGCCACUCGUACUAGCUCUGUGACAAGUGUGUGCUCAUCUGAAACAUCAAUUGCCAAUGAAGAUUCUUUCUCUGAAGGUCUACCUUCUCCCAAGGAACAAUCAAGCUUCCAAUAUGGCACAAAAUCCAGUGGGAAGAGCACCAGAUCAAAAGCUAAAAGCUUUCUGAAAAGGAUGGAGAGCCUUCGUUUGAAAAGCUCUCCCAGUAAGAAGAAGAAAAUGGCACCCAAGCUGGUGAUUAGUGGACCAGUUCUUCGGGAGGGCAUUGAUGAAGAUAAACUUAGACGUCUUAAUUGUGUGGAGAUCUCUAGUUUGAAUGGACAUUAUAGCAAUCUCCCUCGUAACAGGAGUGUUUCUUAUUCUCCGCAGACAAGCAGUAGUAGUAGUCAUUCAGAAGCUAGCAGCAGUACAGUCAGCACUCCAAGUCCGGUCACAAGAGCUCGCAGCCACAGUGCUGCCUGCACAAAUAACAACAACAAGCGAGUUGGAAUGUAUUUAGAGGGAUUUGACCCUUUUACACAGCUUCAACAAUUUCAAUUUUUGCCUGAUGUGGCCAACCAGAACUUACUCAAUCAAAAAGAGGCACCUGAAGAUGAUAUUAUCUUUUUGAUCCCAGAAGGUCACAAGCCUGGCACUUUCCCUAAAGCACUUUGCAACAGUAUUGCGCACUGUCGGCUCAGGAGGGAAAGCAGUGACGACAGUUCCAAAGGAUCGAGCUGUGGUGGCCGGAAUAGGAGAAACUCUGCCAGCUCUUUGGAUAGUAGAAUAAGUGUAUAUGAUAAUGUACCAUGUUCUUUUCUACUUGAUGGAGAGGAUGAGGAAGCCCUCUACCCCAAACUAGAUGACAUCCUGCAGCAUGUCAAAGGUCUUCAGAGGUUUGUGAACGAAUGGUCAGAACAGACAGGCGAGGAGGGAGAUUCAGACUCUGCCCUUGAUUCAGUUUCUCCUUGCCCAUCCUCGCCUCUGCAGAACCACCUGGAAGAGACAGAAAAUAGCAGUGAUGUCGAGAGCCCAGGAAUCUCUUUGAAUGAAACGGAAGAAGUGCUGACUGGACAGGAGCGCAGAGACUCCGGUGUGGGUGCCUCCUUGACUAGAUCAAACAGACCCAAGAAGCUGAGGUGGCACAGUUUUCAAAGUUCUCACAGGCCAAGUCUGUCUUCAUUGUUAUUGCAAAUUAACUGUCAAUCGGUGACACAGAUGAACCUCCUUCAGAAAUACUCCCUCUUAAAGCUUACAGCUCUACUGGAAAAGUACACACCUACAAAUAAACAUGGCUUCAGCUGGGCUGUACCAAAGUUUAUGAAGAGGAUAAAAGUUCCAGAUUACAAGGACAGAAAUGUCUUUGGGGUCCCUCUGCAAGUUAAUGUGCAGCGUACAGGCCAGCCACUGCCCCAGAGCAUCCAGCAGGCCAUGCGCUAUCUCCGCAGUCAAUGCUUAGAUCAGGUUGGCUUGUUUAGAAAAUCAGGGGUAAAAUCAAGGAUUCAAGCAUUACGACUAAUGAAUGAAAAUUAUACGGACAGCAUAAGCUAUGAAGGACAGUCGGCCUACGAUGUAGCAGAUAUGUUAAAGCAGUACUUCCGUGACUUACCCGAACCCCUUUUAACCAGCAAGCUCUCUGAGACCUUUCUUCAAAUCUAUCAGUAUGUACCGAAGGACCAGCGGCUCCAGGCUAUCAAAGCAGCUAUUAUGCUCCUGCCAGAUGAAAACAGGGAGGUGCUGCAGACUUUGCUUUACUUCCUCAGUGACGUCACCGCUGCGGUAAAAGAGAAUCAGAUGACCAACAACAACCUGGCCGUGUGUCUGGCUCCUUCUUUGUUUCACCUCAACACCCUCAAGAGAGAAAACUCGUCUCCAAGAGUGAUGCAUAGGAAGCACAGCCUUGGUAAACCUGAUCAGAAAGACCUGAAUGAGAAUCUGGCAGCUACUCAUGGAUUGUCCCACAUGAUCGCUGAAUGCAAAAAGCUUUUCCAGAUUCCAGAGGAGAUGAAUCGCUGUAGAAAUUCAUACCUGGAGCAAACAUUACAGCCCCCAAAACUUGAAGACAUAGUGAGUAAUAGUAAAGGACAGCCUGGAGGGUUUAAGGGCUACCUACAGGAGUGUCUGGACGGCCUUCUCAAAGAAGCCAAGGAAAAGUUUAAAGGCUGGGACAGCUGUUCUACUCCAGAGCCAGCAGAACUCUCUUUUAAGAAGGUGGGUGAUGGGUUUCCACUUCGCUUAUGGAAAGUUAGUCUGGAGAUUCCUUCCACUCCAGAAGAUGUCUUGAAUCGUGUGCUCAGAGAACAACACUACUGGGACGAAGAUCUUUUAGACUGCAAAGUUAUUGAAACUUUGGAUAACCAGACUGAGGUCUACCAAUAUAUCCAGAACAGCAUGGCCCCACAUACCCCUCGGGAUCAUGUAGUCUUAAGGACGUGGACCACAGAUUUGCCAAAAGGAGCCUGUGCUCUCGUAGCCACUUCUGUGGAUUAUGAUGCUGCUCCCCUCAUGGGUGUUCGUGUCAAUGUGCUAACCUCUCGAUACCUGAUUGAGCCUGUUGGUUCGGCUAAGUCCAAACUCACCUACAUUUGCAGGAUUGACUGCAGAGGCCGUAUUCCAGAAUGGUACAAUAAGAUAUUUGGACAUUUAUGUGCAGCAGAAAUGGUUAGAAUACGGGACUCCUUCAUCAAUCCACCGACUGAAAAAUAAUUCAGUAAUUUUUACUUACUUACUGUGUCGAAUAAGACACGCUACAUGUGAAAUCAAUUACAUCUGGUAUCACUCGACAAAAAACAUUCUUCAGAAACGAAGAAACAUUGUAAGCAUACUAGGACGUUUGCAAUGUUUUGGAUUUUGCAAUCCAGAACCUGAAAGGAUGGGACAUCUAUGUAAUAUAGCAAUAUUAUUUUUUUUGAUGCUGCUUUCACUUGAGUUCAGAACCCCUCAGGAAGAUCCUGACUGGACUCAACAAAACAUUGGCUCUUUGCAAUGCUUGACACGUACCUAUGUGACAAGAGGCUAUUAUUGCUUCUGGGAAGCAAAAAAGUUGACCUUGUAUAUAAUGUAGACAAUUAUUGUGCUGUUUCGUGGCGAUUACAUUAUCAUUUGUAAAUAAAUCUUGCAGUUCAAUGAAGUAGCUGUGUAUGGAAGUCUCUGUGGAUAUGUGUACUGUAUUAAUGUUUCACAGAGUGUACAAGCAGAAGAAGUGAAUGAGUGAAAGUUAUGUGUGAUAUUAGAAAUAUUGGAAGUGGUAGAGCAUGGUGUCUGGUACACUAUUGCCAGGAUAGUUCGAUAGAUAGAUAAGGCUGAAUGUCUGAUGAUCAGUUAAACCUGUAAGGAGUUGCUACCAAAUGGACCAAAUGACUCUCAGUCAUGGGUUUUAAUCUUUGAGCUGUGCUGUUAUUACAGCAUUUAUUAGUUCAUCACUGCAGUGAGAUAAAAUACAAAUGUGAAGAAUACCUUAACUUUAGAAAAUCAUAAUCAAAUGUGGCACAACCAAAGCUGAAACGUUUCCGCUUGAACUCGGCUUCAAGGAAAACUAAACCCUUUUUUUUAAUUUAACACGGGGUUUAAUCCAAACUAAACCCUUUAUAUAAAAAACAAAAAAUGUUCACAUUUGAAAGAAAAACAUUUUAGCAAUUAGUGUUUUUAAAAUUUCUAAUGACUACUUUUUGGCCAUAUUGUUUAAUCUAUCACUAUUUUGAUAGUGUAUACCUUGUGGUCUCACAGAAAAGUUCUAGAGUGAUUUAAUCCAGUGGUCCUUUUAUA